UUAGAAGCCCUCUGUUUGUAGCUCGUUUAGAACACGAGACUCUAAGCUUAUUGGAGGACAAGUUUGCUUUACGGCUUGAGGUCGCUUUUUACGGCAUUUUCCGGCUUCCCAUUCACUUGGCGGUGAAGAUGGCGUCGGGGAGCGGUACAAAAAACUUGGACUUUCGCCGAAAGUGGGACAAAGAUGAAUAUGAGAAGCUCGCCGAGAAGAGGCUCACGGAAGAGAGAGAAAAGAAGGAUGGAAAACCCGUGCAACCAGUCAAGCGGGAGCUUCUUCGGCAUAGGGACUACAAGGUGGACCUGGAAUCCAAGCUUGGGAAGACAAUUGUCAUUACCAAGACCACCCCACAGUCUGAGAUGGGAGGAUAUUACUGCAAUGUCUGUGACUGUGUUGUGAAGGAUUCCAUCAACUUCCUGGAUCACAUUAAUGGAAAGAAACAUCAGCGAAACCUGGGCAUGUCUAUGCGUGUGGAACGUUCCACCUUGGAUCAGGUGAAGAAACGAUUUGAAGUCAAUAAGAAGAAGAUGGAAGAGAAGCAGAAGGAUUAUGAUUUUGAGGAAAGGAUGAAGGAGCUCAGAGAAGAGGAGGAAAAGGCCAAAGCCUACAAGAAAGAGAAACAGAAGGAGAAGAAAAGGAGGGCUGAGGAGGAUUUGACAUUUGAGGAGGAUGAUGAGAUGGCAGCUGUGAUGGGCUUCUCUGGCUUUGGUUCCACAAAGAAGAGUUACUGAGGCUUUCUAUGCUUGGCCCUUUGCUGGGCUUAACUUUGUAUGUGUGUGGGGGUCAUUUUUCGGGGUGUACUUCGAAAAGUCCUUAAGAGUGGCAAUGGGGAGGGCAAGAGGGUGGAUGUUUGUGGUUUCCCUCUGUCUUGGGGGAGCACAGGAGGCAGAGGUAAUGCUUUGGCAUAUUCCUUCAGCCUCACUUUAUCACUGGAGUCACAGGCCCUCUGCCCAUUGACGUUCCCAAUAAAGAAAAACCUCCUCUUCUGAGGCUGCUUUCCCAAAACUUCCCCUGCAUCUUUCCCUCUUCAUCUAUCUAAUCUCUUCUCUGAGCAUCCUACAUUUAUCCUGUGUUCUGCCUUUGUUUUAAUUUUGACUCUUGCUUAGCCCUCAGUGGAAGGGUUUUCUGGGCCCCCAGUUUCCAGUUGAUACCAUAUCCUUGACCAGCCCCCCGCCCCUUUCCCUUAGCCCCCAUUGUGGUUCUCUGGCCACUUGUGCAUGCAUGUAUACUUCUGCCUGCAUCAGUGGUAUGUGCGGAUGUGUGUGCAUGAAUCUGUCACAUAAGAGGGAGCCUGAGCUAGAAUCUCAGAGCAUUGCUGCCUUGGGGCCUGAAGUUCUCAGUUUCCUCAGUGCAUGUAACAGGAUAUUAAAUGGGAUGAGUGUUUGGUGUGGUUUUUGUCUGGUGAGUUUUUUAAUCUCCCCUCCCCUCCCCAUAUGUAGACUUCAGCUUUUCCUGUUUGUUUUAUUUUAUUGAGGAUGACUGUUUUUGUCUUCCUUGGGAGCAGGCUCUUGGAAGGACCUGUUUGAUGCAAAAAAGAAAACGGAGAAAAAAAAAAAACCUCAUAUGGGAGCCCUUUGGUCUCUGAGGCUGUUCAACAUGUACAAUAAAUGGCAUUGAGUGGGCCUAUUUCACAUUUGGUGGGAACAUUCCAUAUUCCUCCCUGUGUAUUGUUUUUUUCUUCCUACACUAAGGAUUUCCAUAUAGAGUUUAUUCUUUCUUCAUUUGAGCCCUGUCACUUUUGUUUUCUAGGUUCUUUCAGCAUGAGUUGUAUUUUCCUCUGAUGGAUCUGUGUCCGGAAGAGUCUGAACAAAACCUUUCCUGUAAUUUUAGCCUCCUUUGAUCUUAUUUUUGGAACAGCAGAGCCCAGGGUUGAACUUAGUGUUUUCCUCACUACUGCAUUUAGGCUGGGCACAGGGUUACUCACUCUUGGCACUGUUGACAUUAGGGGCUGUAUAAUUCUUUGUUGUGGAAGCUCCCUUGUGAAUUGUAAGAUGUUUAGCAGUAUCCCUAGCCUCUACUCACUAGAUGCCAGUAGUACCCCUUCCCCAAAUUAAUGAGAGAUAAAGAUUUCUAUGUCCCCGGGAGGUGUCGGGGGAAAUCCUUCCUCCCAGCCCCACUGAGAACCAUUGAGAAGCUGCCUUCCUUCCUUUGGUCUAACUUGAGAAUUAAGUGGCACAGACUGGUUAACUAAAAAGAAAAACAACUUUGAUAUUUCCUGGAUGAGGUGCUCUGCCAGGUCCCAGAGGCUGCAGAGGAAAAAAAAAAUCAGUCCUUUAUAUAAGAAAACAAAAGUUACACAAACCUGAAGCAGGUGAAUUCUAUAAUAACUUAGCUAGUUCUAUGCCCUGAAAAGCAGGCUCUAUUUGAGUUAACAAGGCUGCCACCAUAUGGCUUAUUUACAUGCUUAGCCUCAUUUAGUUCCCCCAAACACCUUUAUGUAGCACCUGUACCACUUUUAAGUCCCCCAAAGUACCAUACUCUUUCCUUUGGACUUUUGUGCAAAAUUCCCUUGCUGUCGGGCAUGCUUUUUGCCUGUUUUAUUUCUGAUGCUGAAUCUUGCCUCUGGGAACACUGAAUAUGUCUGUCUACUGGCUCAAGGCCUGGCUCAGUGUCACAUAAAGUAUUUGUUGCCCAA